GUCAAUUCAGUCUCCGUUAAACUUCUCGUCUCAUAUUUUUUACCCUCGUUUAUUUUAUAAAACUCAAACUCCAACUCCGACUAUGUGUUAAAACAUAUAAAUUAGUUGAAUAAAAAAAAGUAAAAUAAAUUUUAAUUUAAAUAGAUAAAUAAAAAACAGUAAAAAUGUUUGUACAAGUGCAUUCGCUGUCAAAGAUAUUGAUAAUAACUUUAAUAAUAAACGAAGUAUCUUCGGCAUGUGUGCAAGUGAACAAUGACGACAUGAUUGAGUAUUCAUGCGAAAAUGGUUCACCGAACGAUCUUUACUCAAUACCCGAACGAACUGAAAAAAUCCGUAUAACAAAUAUGGACUUGUCUUAUAUUACAACCGAUACAUUUUCGCGCUUCGCGGACAAUCUCUGGGUCCUCUCGUGCUCGCACUGUUCAAUCCAGGAAAUAGAUCCCGACGCUUUUAAAACCCUUAGAAACUUGCAGCAGUUGCGGUUGGACAAUAAUAAAUUGAGGAGCGUGAAAGCCGAGUGGUUCAAAGGCUUAAACAGUUUGACUUACCUCGACUUCAAUUACAAUCAAAUAGAAACAAUUGAAGAUGGUGUUUUUGACAACUUGCCAGGUCUGGUGGACUUGAGAAUUGCCGGUAAUAAAUUGCAGUGUGUUAACGUUGACGAAAUGUCCCGUCUCGCGGACUUGAAACGUGUAUUUUUAAAUCGUAAUCCUGAAUUCAAGUGUCCUAAUGCGGUUGAUAAAUUGUUGCAGUCGAAAAAUAUUGAUUAUGAACGUGAUGAUGUGUGGGAAAAAUUAUCUCAUGAUUUAAUUCAACCUACGUCAUCUAAAUUAUUAUCUAGACUUUCUGAAUCAAUUACUCAAGAUCCUAGAGUUUAUGAAAGACCUGAACCAGUAACUGAACCACCUAGAAUUUAUGAAUGGCCAGUAGAAAAAACUGAACCACCUCGUGUUUAUGAAAGACCAGAACUAGUAACAGAACCACCUAGAAUUUAUGAAAGACCAGAACCAGUAACUGAACCACCUCGUAUUUAUGAAUGGCCAGUAGAAAAAACUGAACCACCUAGAAUUUACGAAAGACCAGAACCAGUAACCGAACCACCUAGAAUUUAUGGAAGACCAGAAGUUGUAGGUGAACCACCUCGUGUUUAUGAAUGGCCAGUAGAAAAAACUGAACCACCUCGUGUUUAUGAAAGACCAGAACCAGUAACUGAACCACCUCGUGUUUAUGAAUGGCCAGUAGAAAAAACUGAACCACCUAGAAUUUAUGAAAGACCAGAACCAGUAACAGAACCACCUAGAAUUUAUGGAAGACCAGAAGUCGUAGGUGAAUCACCAAGAUUUUAUGAAAGGCCAGAAGAAGAAACUGAACCACCAAGAAUUUAUGAAAGACCAGAACCAGUAACUGAAAGACCUAACAUUUAUGAGAGAUUUGAUUUAAUCACUGAACCACCAAUAAAUUAUGAAACAACACCAAUAUAUCGUGAACGUUUAAUAAUAACGUACAAACCAGAAUUACCCACUACAAGUAAUAUUAAUUAUCCAGUAACUAUGCAUUAUCCACCAUCUGUUACUUAUCCUGAUAACUCCGACACAUAUAGACCAUCAGAAACAUUACCAACAUCAUUACCAACGAGCAUUUAUUCAAGACCCGAAGCUUCAAGAAAUUUUCCAGACAUGCCGACCCCACCAGUGCUAGAACCAGUACCAGUGCCACAAGAGCCUUACAAUGAACCUUAUUAUCCAAGAUCAUCGACCUCUGAUCCAUAUAGCGCGAUGUGGACGUACCGUCUGCCGACGUCAACGUCCAAAAUAUCCUGGACUUCAAAUUCCGAUGACAUCAACACAUUCGACGACAUUUACUUUCCUGGAAUUGAAACAGGGCCGCCCUCACGGGAGGACAACGACAAUAUUGAUAUCAAUCAUCCGCCGCAUGUCAGUUACCCCACAAGACCUUUCGAAGAAGCGAUUCAUGAAGAGCUGAAGACAGUAAUCCCAAUCGAUCGCCCGCAUUCGCUUGAAAAUUACCAACAGGUCGAAGAAGUACCGCCGGUUACUAUUUUUACUGCUGAGGACUCGACAAACGGAGGACCGGUCACCACUACGACAGAUAAACCGCUGCCUAAUUGCAGUUCUUCGGCUACAGUCGGGAUAUCGGUUGCCGUAUUUUGUUUCACGGUUCUGAACUCGAUUAUACGAACGAUCUAGUCUAAGACGACGUUUGCUAACAAGGAGACGAGAGCAACGGGAGGAGUUGGAGAUGAAAGACUUGUUUAUUUUAUUUUAUUUUAUUUUUUCAUAUAGCUUUGUUUAAAUAUUGAACUCCAGUACCUUUUAAUUAUUAUUAUUAUUUGAAAGCUAUUAACAAGUACCUAAGGAUUUUUUUCACCAUGUAACGUUUCGCGGAUUAAAUAUUUAAAUCUAAUGAUUUCAUCUUUCGAGAUUUAAAUUACAAGGAUGGAUUCAUGCCUCAUUUAAAAUUGAUGGGCAAAGGAAGCUGCUGAAGCUGAACGUCUUGAGAAACAGAUGAAACUUGAAAACGAUGAAAAUAAUAAAUCAAAAAACAAAAAUGAU